UUUCUAGUUGCCGGGUAGGGAUGCUGUGCGGACCAUUCCAUCGUCUGUCCCAAGCUUAUGGAGAACCGCUGACUUGCUGGCUUCCAGGAACCAGGGUGCUGAAAUGGAACAUAUAUUUUUGAUUCUUUUACUGUUUAGUAAGGCCUUAUCACUCGGAGCUCAAUUCAAUGGAUACAACUGUGACGCCAACUUUCACAGCCGCUUCCCCGCCGAGAGGGAUAUCAGUGUGUACUGUGGGGUGCAGACCAUUACCCUCAAGAUCAACUUCUGCCCUGUCCUCUUUUCUGGCUACACCGACACUGACCUGGCCCUCAAUGGUCGUCAUGGAGAUGCACACUGUCGAGGUUUCAUCAAUAACAACACCUUUCCCACUGUAGUAAUCUUCAGUAUCAGCCUGGCGACGCUGGAGUCCUGCGGCAAUGUCCUGGUGGUGUCCACAGCACAAGGACCCAACGCUUAUGGGAACCUGUCACUGGUGCAGAUUGGAAACAUAUCAGGGUAUAUCGACACACCAGAUCCCCCCACCAUAAUCAGCUACCUGCCAGGUCUGCUGUAUAAGUUCAGCUGCAGUUACCCGCUGGAAUACCUGGUCAACAACACACAGCUGGCCUCGUCAGCAGCUGCAAUCUCAGUGAAGGAAAGCAAUGGUACUUUCGUCAGCACGUUGAAUCUACUGCUUUACAACGACUCAUCAUACAUUCAGCAGCUGGCCAUCCCGAUGGCAGGGCUGACCCUGAAGACGCGGGUGUAUGCAGCUGUAAAAGCUUCUAACCUGGACAGGAGAUGGAACGUUCUCAUGGACUACUGUUACACCACCCCCUCUGGGAACCCCAACGAUGACCUCCGCUAUGACCUUUUCUUUAGCUGUGAAAAAGACCCCCAGACCGCCGUCUUUGAAAAUGGGAAGAGCCAAAUGGGCCGCUUUGCCUUUGAAGUAUUUCGCUUUGUAAAGCACAAGAACCAGAAGAUGUCCACUGUCUUUCUGCACUGCGUCACCAAGCUGUGUCGAGCAGAUGACUGUCCAAUGCUCAUGCCAAUCUGUGGGAGCAGGAAAAAGAGAGACGUCUCAGAGGGAAAGGAAUCAAACGCUGCUACUGGGAAUGCUGUCCUGACUGCGGGGCCUAUCAUCACUCGGAGUGAGGAAACGCCAACCAACAACUCUCAGCUGGCCCAUCUGAAAGCUCCAGUGUUUCAGAUGAACACAGUGACAAGCGCGCUCAUCUCAGGCAUCAUCAUCCUGGGCGUCAUGAGUGUUUGCUUCUUCAUCUUCUCCCUAACCCUCCUCAAAGGAAAGAGUGCUCCUGUCAGCAGCCUGUCUGGAGUCCGCAACCCAGCCUUCAACUGA